CAUCAGAAUUGCACAACUUCGCUGCUCUUGUAUUUUCAAAGCAGAAAAAAUAAGUAGUAGGAAAUGGGAUCGCCUAAGAUCUCCUUAGCAUUAUUUAGCUUCAUUCUCCUAGCAAUCUUCUGGCCGUCUCGAGCUCAAAACUCACAGCAAGACUAUGUCGAUGCUCAUAACGCAGCUCGUGCACAAGUCGGUGUUGGCCCGCUAGCUUGGGACGACACGGUGGCUGCCUAUGCACAAAACUACGCCAAUCAGAGGAUAAACGACUGCAAUCUGGUGCACUCUGGCGGCCGUUACGGUGAGAACUUAGCUGAAGGCAGCGGAGACUUAACGGGCACGGAUGCCGUCAAUCUGUGGGUAAGUGAGAAGCAAUACUACGAUUACAACUCCAACACAUGUGCUCAAGGGCAGCAGUGCGGGCACUACACUCAGGUGGUUUGGCGCGACUCGGUCCGUCUGGGCUGUGCUAGGGUUCAAUGCACAAAUAACGGUUGGUGGUUCGUGAUUUGCAGUUAUGAUCCCCCUGGCAACUAUGUUGGUCAGCGUCCUUAUUAGCAGGGACAUAUAUUUUAAAGCCUUGCUUAAUGAUUAUGAGACGUAUACUCUUUCAAGCUUUAGCUUUGGAAAGAGAAUGAAAUAAGGUGACAUUUUGCAAUACUUGUUUAUGUUUGUCUGGUGACACAUAUUAUCUUUGUCUUUCUCA